CAAAAUCUUGGGAGUUGCUUAGAGCUGAGAUCGAGUCGCCAAAGUUAGUUGAGACGUCGUAGCCCACCGACGAGCGCGCUUUUUUUCCGCUAGUGAGUGCCGAAAACGUGCUGCGAGUGAGUGAAUAUUUACAUUAUUAAUUUAGUAAGUUAUCAUGUACAAGGUCAGCAGGGUAUCUGUGCAAGAUGUCUAUGAGAGAACGCCCGAGUUGAAGAAGAAGGAAGUGGAGGGAAUCCUCACGUGGACACACAAUCAGCGGCAUUUGCCGAAGAUAACAGAAUAUGAAGCGGCGAUUUUUCAUCAUUCGCGCUACUUUAAUUUUGAAGAGACGAAAAAAGCCAUUGAUAUUUACUUUACGCAUCGCGCAAAGAAUCCCAACAUCUUCAGAGAUCGAGAUCCGCAAUCAGAUGAACUUCGGCCAGUGAUCGAGAGCCAAGUAUUCUACCCUCUUCCGAAAACAUUACCCAGUGGAUACAGCGGAAUGUUUUUUGCAUUCGUUAAUCCAGACACGAAGAAAUUCAAUUGUACUUCAACCCUUAAGCUGGGUUCUUUCCUCAUUUUUAGGGCUUCCAUGAUGAUGGACUAUUGGCACAUGACUGAGGGAAUUUCCAAAGGGCACAGUCUGGUUGUGAAUAUGCAGGGAUUUUCAUUGGGGCACCUCUUCCGGCUGCAUAUUGGGCCUCUUCGGGCUUUUGUUGCCUUCGCCCAAGAGUACAUUCCACUCCGUCUGAAGGAAAUUCAUUUUGUAAAUUCAAAUAGGGUCACACAAAGAUUCAUUGGAAUCCUCAAGCCAUUCCUCAAGAAGGAAGUCUACGAGAUGAUGAAGAUUCACACAUCAAUGGAAGCGGCAUAUGAAUGUAUUCCACGUGAGUACUUCCCAUCUGAUCUGGGAGGUUCGUGGAAAUCCACGGCUCAACUCCAAGAGGACAUGACAAGUAUUCUCAUGGAGAAUAAAAAGAACUUCCAGGAUGAGGAGACAGAGAGGAAUGUGGAAGAGAGUUUGAGGGGAUGAUACCAAAGUCAAAGGGUUCUAGACAAUUCUUGUGGUUCGUUGGGGGGGGGGAGGGAGGGGGUUUGUGGGAAUCUUAAAGAUGGUAUUUGUAUAUAAUUUAUAUUAUUUCGGAAUAUAAGAUACUUUUUACAAGGAUUU